GUUGGAUUUGUGUAGCACUAUUGCUAUUUCUGAAGAUCUUAUGCUCCAUGAAAUGAACUGCAGUUGCACAAGAUUUUCACAUGAUGAACAUGGAAAGUGUUAAAGUUGGUGCCAACUUAGAUCCACUCUAUUAAUUCAGUUUAUCCUAAAAUUAGCAUGGCUGUUCAAUUGACAAAGUAGAAAGUUUUUAUUUUUGGGUUGUGAUCUACUGAUCCUGAACCCCAUUUCUUUCAGGUGUAUGAAUGAACUGAGCAAAAAAAAGCAAAGGAAUGAAUUUAUUUCAAAGCUAUGUUGUUUGAACAAAACCAAAAUAGAAACUUGUUUUACUUCAUGAGGUUCCUUGCACUUUCUCUUCCCUUUUACUCUGUUUCCCCCCAAGGAAAUUAAGAGUGUUUACACAUAAAUUUCUGACUAAGGACUUAACUAGGAAGAUUGUGUAAGACAUCACUGUUGAUGUAAAUUUUAUCUUAAUUUUCCGUGUUAAUUAUUUUUCUUUGCUCUUUUUCCUUCUCAUCAAAAGCUUCAUGUAUGAAGAUGCUAUUAUGCUACUUCUAAUGCUCAUGAGUUAUUGUGCUUACAAAGUCACUGUUCUGUUCUAUAGUUCAAAGAUAUGGAUGCAGUUUUUUUCAUUUUCUUGAACUGGGGACAUACACAUUCUACAUGGAUUAUCUGAUGAUCCAAAUGAACUUAUAUUGUGCUUGAUGUAGUUAGUUGGAAAUAGAACUUGGAUUGAUUACCACUGCCUAUUCUAGUAUACUAGGUUUUUUUUUUCCCCCAUGCCCUAUCAAUGAAUUUAUGUAUGUUUGGUUUAACGUUUAAACCUUACAGUUACAGAAUCACUUUUAGUCUCAGCAUACUUUUAAAUGCCUUCAAGUAUUAUGGCUUUAUGUGCAUGUUUGAAUCAACAUUAUCAGAAUUGAUUUGAUAAAAGGGAGGUGAAAGUGGUUGUUCUGGCUCGUUUAUGGGAAAAGUGAUUUCUAUAGGGUAGUGUUGUGAAAUCCAACUAUAAAAUCUCACAAUUAAUUAUGUCCGUAGCUACUCUGCAGAAAUUAUUUUCUUGAUUGCCAAACAUGAUUCUGGUCAAUGAGAAUUGAUUCUAUGACUCCCAGACAUAGAGCCAAACACACACUGCGUGUAUAUUCAUGUACUUUCAUUUGUUAUUUGACUGAAGCAGCUGAUUUGGACUGCUUUGCAGCUGAAUCCGGUCAUUUAUUACUGAUUCUUGCUUUCGAAACUCAUCUGCAUGGCCAACAAUGAUUCACAGGAGCCCUUGAUAUCGGGAUCAAUGGAUCCUUCUGCUCAAAAGGCUCGACUGCAGUUAAAGAAAAGAAGGCUCAUCCGUUCUAGAAGCGCUCCUCAAACAGAUCUUGACCCUCCUGAGACAAAUGGCAACAAAUUAAUUCCCCUUUCCGGGUCCAUAUUUGGGAGUUUACAUCCAAGCUUUAGAAAAGUAGCUUUAUGUCUUGCAGUCUAUGUAGGUGUUGGUGCUUUGGCCUUCUAUCUUGUCAGGAACCAGAUCAAGGGGUUGAAAACAAACAGAUUCCUUGAUGCUUUGUACUUCACAAUUGUGACAAUGACCACUGUUGGAUAUGGAGACCUUGUGCCUAAUAGCAACCUCACAAAAUUACUAGCAUGUGCUUUUGUUUUCUCUGGUAUGGCAGUGGUUGGUUUAAUCCUAAGCAAAGCUGCAGAUUAUUUGGUUGAGAAACAAGAAGCUUUGCUAGUUAAAGCUAUGCACAUGAGAGAAAACUUUGGUCCAUCUGAAAUUUUAAAGGAGAUUGAGACCAAUAAAACAAGGUACAAGUUUCUUCUGGUCUUGUUGCUUCUUUUGGUUCUCAUCACUGUGGGGACAAUUUUCUUGGUCAGUGUUGAGAAAUUGGAUUUUGUUGAUGCCUUCUACUGUGUUUGCUCCACAAUCACAACUCUGGGGUAUGGGGAUAAGAGUUUCUCAACUCAAGCAGGAAGAGUAUUUGCUGUGAUUUGGAUAUUGAUAGGUACUAUUACUGUGGCUCAGUUUUUCCUCUACAUGGCUGAGCUGAACACUGAAAGCAGACAAAAGGAACUUGCCAAGUGGGUUCUUGAAAGGAAGAUAACUCAUCUGGAUUUGGAGGCUGCUGAUCUUGAUGAUGAUGGGACUGUUGGGGCUGCUGAAUUUGUCAUCUAUAAGCUGAAGGAGAUGGGGAAGAUUAGUCAAGAAGAUAUAUCACUAUUUUUGAAGGAGUUUGAAGAGCUUGAUGUUGAUCAGUCUGGUACAUUGUCUGUUUCUGAUAUAACGCUUGCUCAGUCAUCUUAGACUAACACGUUAUACACACCAAGUUGUUGUAGGGUGGUUCUCCUUUUUCACUUCAGUGCGGAAAUUUGUCAACAAGAUAUAACACUAUUUUAGAUUUUUAGUUACUAAUAUUUAUUCUCCUUCAUUUAAGAUAAAUUUUCAAAAUUAAUGUUAACUCAAUUUUCAA